AGGGCCGGAAAAAUUGUAACUAGUUGGCCUUGAAAACUGGCCCCUGAGGCGUCGCGUAGCGGCGUCUCCAGUCCAAGUUUGCAAAACCAAAACAGCGCAGCUGUGGUCUCAUUGAAUAUAUGGGUAAAAAUAGUGAGUGUCUGUACAAUUUCAAAUGUAGGCAAACUACGUCGUCGAUGACGACGACGUUCAAACUUCAGCAGAAACGCUCCGAUUCAGUUGAUCAGCAAGACGAUCGCCAUCCGUCGCUGGAAUAAGUACUUACACCGAGAGGCGCGCGCGUACGCUAAUCAAUUGCCUUGCCUUGCCGUUUCAAUUUUUUUGCGCGCGCGAUUAGACUUCAGUUCAAGAACAUCUGAGAUGCAGUUGUGCGUCGAAAUAAACGGCUGCAUAGUAGUUUGGCCAGUGAUUGCUUAGAUCGAGAUUACUGUUUGGAAACGGGGCGCGUGCACAGAAUUCUCAACUGACGUGAAGAUCUUUCACAAAAGAGUUUGUUAUUCUUCUGGUGCAUUCGGGGGAUGUGCUCUGCUGAAGUGUUUCUACUGCCGACCUAAAUAUUACUAGUCGUGAAUCUCCAGCGGCGUGUGUGGAAACUUAGCCAUCAUUCGUCGCUCAGCUAUCGUGGUACAUGGCGACCGUCAGAAGGUGGUGGCAAAGGUGUUCCCCCCGUUUCUUCUGUCCGGAUAACGGCUUGACGACGCACCAUCAUCGGCACCAGAUAAGAUAAGACCACGAUGCCACCCCGAUACUUAUCAGUAGUACCAGGCACUUCUGCGGCCCGGUCCAACUGCAGGUAUAGUGCAACCGUUUGGCACCGGACGCUCAUUUCUGCGGAGGAACGCGUUGUCGGUAGUACGUUUACCAAGUCCGGCGAGCGAAAGUGAAGGUGUCCCCCACCUUAAGUGUCCCCUCGUCUUCUCCAGGGGAGGAAGAUUUGGAUUCCAGCAACAGUUUUAUUUGCCAAGUGAAUCACCCUCAUCAGCAACCGCAUUGUGGCAGUGAAAAAAAUACUCCUUUAAUUAGCGACAAUUACAUUUUAAUUCCGAGCGUCGUGAUUUGCGUCGUAGAGCGACGAUUAUAUCGAGAGUGAUUAGACCAGUGAUGGUUCGAGUGAUUCAGUGAUUCAAGAGAAGAAAAACAAGAUGAAGAUCCUAAGAAACGUGCUCAUUCUAGUCGUUUGUCUGGGACUGGUCCUGGCAGCAGAUGAAAAACAAAACUCCAACGACAAAAAGGAAAACGCCUCCACAGAAAAGCCAACCGAAGCUCCUGCCAAAGAUGACAAGAAGGAACCGAAUGCGCUCUGCUCCAGCUGUACCUGUGAUGCUGCUAAGCGAACUUUCAACUGCUCCUCGAUGAAGCUGUACAAGCUGUUCAACAUGACCGAAUGGAGCACCCUCAAUAGCAGCGGAGUGGCCACCGAGAUCAUGCUUCUCGUUCACAACGGAAUAUCCGAAAUUCCGGUGCUACCCAAAUUUGACGUGAAAGUGCUGGAUUUGAGCCACAACAACAUUAGCGCCAUUGCCAAGCGCGCAUUUAUCGAGUUGGACAAACUUGAAUCGCUGGAUCUAUCCUACAAUUUGCUGACGGCUAAGGCUUUGAAGCCGGAGAUUUUCGAAGGCAAAUUCAGCUCGGACGAAUACGAACCGAUGCUGGCAAUGAAAACUCUACGAUUGGCCUACAAUCAGUUGCACGUGUUAGAUUCGGACCUGUUUGAACAUUUUCCUAAUCUGGAAACGCUCAGUCUAGAGGGAAACAUUUUUAAAGUCAUCGAUCAUCAAACCGAAAUCGCUCUUUCGAGUAUCCAUACGCUUAAAUCGCUGGAUCUGAGCUACAUGGAACUUCUUCAGCUUCCGGAGUUUAUUUUUAAAGCUCCACAAGAUUUGGCUUAUUUAAAUCUAACUGGAAACCUUCUGACAACUGUGCCGGAAGCUUUGAGAUUCACCGAAAAGCUGAAGUGGCUCAGCCUUGACGAGAAUCCACUUCAAGAUAUCGAUGGACAGAACGUCUUCCCAACGAUCAGAACCCUGGAAUACCUGUCGAUGUCCUACAUCCAUCCGCUGCGGGUGAUCGGACGGGGAGCCUUCAGCAAGUUGGAAAACCUCAAAGAACUGCACCUUUGCAACAAUGCCCAGCUCACCUAUCUGCACGGGGAAGCAUUCAGCCGUCCGGAUGCGGACAAUCCGGAUCGGAAGGAUUGGCCCCGACUUAAGCAGCUCUACCUGCACAACAACAACCUGAGCGUGCUCGAAUCGCAGCUGCUGGCCCGCUGGGACGACAUGAACCUGAUCGAUCUGCGGAACAACCCCUGGAACUGCGAUUGCGAGAACCAGUGGAUCAUUGAGGCGUUGCUGCCGAUCGUCGAGAAGGCUACCCCGGCCGCUUUGAACAAUAUUGUUUGCGCCUCGCCAAAGCAGAUGGCCGGCCAAUCGAUGGUGGACCUGGAACGCAAACACAGCGUGCUGCGCUGCAAGGACAAGUACGGCAACAACCCCGCAAACGACGGAGCCCUGCUGAUUGGGCUGCUGAUCGGAAUCCUGGCCGGCAUCCCGCUAACGGCGGCCACCAUCCUGAUCUACAAACGAGGCUGCUUCGGAUGGGGCCGGCGCAGUCCGGCCGACUAUUCGCGGGCCUUCUACAGCCGGACCACCAACGGCGAUGAUUUUUAAGAAGCACUUUUACCAAAAACUUGAAAAAAAGGAACACAAAACAAUGACAUUUUGUUGUAUUAUUCUGUUUGUUUUUUUUUAUAUGAUAAUUUUUUCUAUCCUCCCAGUGUGCCAUAUCAGCGAGUUGAUCGAUUGGUGUUGAACUUUUUAGUCAGUAAGAUAAAAAAAACACGAAUGACUUUGAAUAAAAUUUAAGAAAUAAAGGGAUUGUUUCUCUAUGAAGCAAUUGACAGCUAAAGAUUAAA